AUGAGUAAACUGGCGGAUGAUGAAGAGGCGGAGCAGUUGUUUGUGGCGUUUACGGAGUUUGAAGAAGGGUGUAAGGAGAUUGAGAGGGCAAGGGGGAUAGAGGGUGCUAUUGUUGGGAAGAGGAGGGCUCAAUAUGAGGAUGAGGUUUGGAAGAAUCCACUACAUUAUGAUUCUUGGUUUGAUAAUAUUAGAUUGGAAGAGAGUGUGGGAAAUAAAGAUAGGAUUAGAGGGGUUUACGAGAGACCUAUUGCAAAUGUUCCUCCAGCUGAGGACAAGUUGUAUUGGCAGCGCUAUAUAUACUUGUGGAUCAAUUAUGCUUUGUACGAAGAGCUUGUUGUGAAGGACAUGGCGCGGGAUUGA